GACUAUCCCUUGAAGCUUACCCUGAUAAAGCAAUCAUAACAUUCUACUUAUGAGCUACAGGUAGAUUGUUGAGAGAAGAAACAUUACAACGGUCCAUAUUCAACGUAUAAUUUUCUGGUAUUAGUCUCUUUGAUCUUUCAGUCUAAUAAUAUUAUUUUUUACUCAUGCUCAAUCCAUGAUAUAAAUCAAGAUUUGAAUGGUCUGGAUUACCAAACCGUGGGCCCCACUUAUCAGGAUUAAGUACUUGCGUUUUACAGUGGAAAGAUGGUACGCACCCUAUGGGCUUUAUCCACGCCGUCCAUCCGUUUUAUCAGAUCAUCUUAGGGUAUGAAUCUAAAAAUAGGCAGGUCCAAUGCUCAAGUGGACCGCACCAUAGGAAGCAGCGGCCAUAAUGAAACUCACCGUUGAAACCUUCAUAGGGGCCAAAGUGAUGUUUAUAUUCCAUCCAACCUGUUCAUAAGGUCAUACAGACCUGGAUGAUGGGAAAACACAAAUAUCAGAUUGAUCCAAAACUUCUGCCGUUCACAAGAAGUUUUUAAUGGUGAGAGUUCAAUCCCCACUGUGUCGUUUACUUGAGCCUUGGAUCUGCCUCAUUUUUGGUUUCAUAUACUUAAAAUCAUCUGGAAAAAUGGAUGAACGGCGUAGAUAAAACCCAAACAUCACGGUGGGCCCCACAGAUCCCUGCCUGUACGGAUUACCGUACAGGCGGGGGUAGGACGCAAUCCGCUUCCCAUAUCUAUGCCUCUUUAAAUAACCCACCCGUUUUUUUAAAAAAGUCUCAACUCCCAACGGCUAAUGAUCUCUCCCUUCACCAGACAUUUCAAAUCGAACAAGAGAACGCUCUCCCUCUUACAACAAUGCCAUCUAACCAUGACCCAAAUCAAGCAAAUCCAGGCCCACCUCGUUGUCUCUGGGACCCUCUCCGAUCCGUUCGCGGCUGGGAAGAUCAUCGCCUUCUGUGCAAUCUCCGACCGGGGCGAUCUCGAUUACGCCCACCUCAUCUUUCGCCAUCUCCCCCACCCAAGCACCUUCAUUUGGAACACCAUGAUAAGGGCUUUUGCCGAAAAAAAUCAACCCAUUCGAGCCCUCUCCGUCUACAAACAAAUGCUCGAAUCGGGCCACUUGCCUAACAAUUACACCUUCUCUUUCAACCUUAGAGCUUGUAUUGAUCUUUCCGCCUAUUUGGACGGGCAGAAAUUCCAUUCCCAGAUCAUUAGGCUUGGAUGGGAAUCAUACGAUUUCGUCCUGAAUGGUUUGAUUCAGAUGUAUGUGAAUUGUAAUUUUAUCUCUUCAGCUCGCAGAUUGUUCGACAACAGCUUGAAUAGGGAUGUGGUCUCUUGGACCGCAAUGCUCAAUGGGUAUGCAAAACUGGGGCAAGUCGGUACUGCCCGUCAGCUGUUCGAUCAAAUGCCUGAGAGAAAUGCGGUUUCUUGGAGUGCCAUGAUUACUAGUUAUGCACAAGUGGGUAUGUUCAAAGAAGCUCUGGAACUUUUCAAUGAGAUGCAGCUUGCCGGAUGUCAGCCUAAUCAUGCUGGGAUUGUUGGGGUGCUCUCUGCUUGUGCUUUUCUUGGGGCCUUGGACCAAGGAAGAUGGAUUCAUGCUUACGUGGAUAGAAAUAGGGUUGAAUUGGAUCGAGUUUUAGGAACUGCACUUAUAGACAUGUAUGCAAAAUGCGGGUGUAUAAAAACUGCUUGGCAAGUGUUUGAUGAGAUGCCUGCGAGAGAUGUUUUUGCGUGGACUUCUAUGAUUUCUGGUCUAGCAAAUCAUGGGCACAGCAAAAGUGCAAUUGAGUUGUUCGUGAAGAUGCAAAAUGAAGGAAUUAAGCCAAACGAAGUCACGCUGAUAUGUGUCCUCAGCGCCUGCAGUCGAAUGGGUUUGGUGGAAGACGGGCGGCGAUUCUUUGAAAGCAUGAACAAGGUCUAUGAGAUCAAGCCUGGCGUCGAACAUUAUGGUUGCUUGGUUGACCUAUAUGGCCGUGCAGGGAUGCUCAAAGAGGCAAAGAGAUUGGUGUGUGAGAUGCCCAUGGAGCCCGACUCAUACGUCUUGGGGGCACUGCUCAAUGCUUGUAGAGUGCACGGUGAGGUUGACCUGGGCGAGAAAACAGUGGAGAACUUGGUGGACCUGAGGCUUGAUCAUGGUGGGGUCCAUGUGCUCCUUUCAAACAUGUACGCCUCAGCUAAAAGAUGGGAAGAUGUGGCGAAAGUGAGGAAGGGAAUGGAAGAGAAGAAGGUGAAGAAGGUGCCUGGGUGUAGUUUGAUUGAGGUGGAUGGUGUUGUUAUUGAGUUUGUUGCUGGGGACAUGUCUCAUUUUCUGAUGGAGAACAUGAUGCUAUUAUUACUUGGAAUGGACAAGCAAUUGAAGUCUAUUGGAUGUGAUUUAGAUACAUUUGAAUUUAGUGUCACUCUAUAGAGAGGUGGGAUAAGAACCGUAGACUUUGGGACCAAAAGAGAUCCAGCAAUUGAAUCCUGAACGUUCAUUGGAAUGAACAACACAUCUCUAUUGUUUCAGUACAAAACACAUGCUUCAAUCUUUUUCCUUUUCUUUUUCUACAUUUAUUUAUUUUGACUACAUUUAUUUAUUUUGAUAAGGUACGGACAUUUUGUAUGGGUGUUAUUCAAAGACCCUCAAAUAUGGGACUGACAUUCUUUAAAAUCAUGUGGCUGGUGUUCCAAGACAAUGAUAGGUUCAAGAAAAUACUGGAAGCUUCUAGCG